CUUCCGGCUAAAGAAAAAUCUGAGAAAAACGAGGAGUCGAGAUUCUAAUACUAGUAAUAGAAAGCUAAAAAAAACUCCAUUAAUCUUCUUAUGUUUUUAAAGGGUUAUGUUGUUAUAAUUUGAUUGUCCAAAAUGAGCUCUCGUGACCAGAGGUAUAGACGUAGUAACAGUAGAAGCCAUAGAAGCUCAAGCCGCACAAGAGGACGCUAUGACAGAAACAGACAUCAAAGUAGAAGCAGAAGUAGGAGCAGAAAUAGACGGUCUAGAUCUCGUAGUAGAAACAGAGAUCGCGGGGCAAGAUCAAAAAGAAAAUCAAGUAGUAGCAGCAGUAGUUCUAGUGAUGUAAUUGAGGUUGUUGCACCAAUUCGCAGUAAUGACCCUAAAUAUUACAAUUCAAGAAUAUUCAUUGGUCGUUUACCUGCAGGUUAUACUAAAGAAGAACUGUCAGAUUACUUUAAAAGAUAUGGACCUAUUUUAGAUGUUAUUUGUCACAGUAAAGGAUAUGGUUUUGUACAAUUUUCUAAUGAAGAAAAUGCUAAAACAGCGGUUGAAAAUGAACGCGGAUCAAUGAUCAAAGGAAACAAAGUUGAUGUGAAAAUGGCUAAUGAAGGAAGAAGUGGUGCAGGUCGUGGUGCAGGACCAGGUAGGGGUGGAGGAGGUCGAGGAGCUGAUAAUGGUAGACAUCAGCCCUCGGUCGGGCGAGGUAGAGACCGAUCACCAUUAAGAGAUCCUUAUGAUGACAGAUUCCGUGAUCCAUAUAGAGAUCCUUUGCCACCAGCCAGAGAUGAUCCAUAUUAUGCAGAUCCCUAUAGACGUCCACCUCCAAUAGAUGACCGUUAUGACCGAUUUGAUGAUCCAUACAGAAGACGUGAUCCCUUUGAUGAUCCAUAUGCUAGAGAUCCCUAUUACCAACCACCAAUACCACCACCACGUAGUAGAGGUCCACCUCAACCAAUGGAAUGUGAAAUAAUUAUGCUUAAUCCAAAGUUAAGAAAUUAUGCGGAUGAAAUCAUGGGUAAAUUAAAAGCGUUGAAAGUUGUUACUGGAAUACUUUCUUUCCCUGAAGAUCAAAAUGUUCAGAAGCAGUUAGAAGAAAUGGCUAAACAAGGUGUCCUGUAUGCAGUUGUCAUCAAUUUACAGAAUGAACUACAUAGUUCUGUUAUCUUGAACAUACUUCAUGGUACUCCUCAAGAGCACCGAAAUAUGCCAUUAGAAGAUGCAAUCAGCCUUGUUUCCAAGAAUUUUGAGACCUAUCUUCAAGAGAAGGCAUUGAAGCCAGCCCCAAGAGCAGCAUCUUCUGCAGCUCCAGCUCCUAUUGCUCCUCUCACUUCUGUUCCCUUUUUGCCCCCAUCAGCUGAUGUUACAUAUUUGCUGAAUCUAUUGGCUGACAAUAGACAGUUGACAUUGACAGAGAUUGAUAAGAUUAUUCUGUACCUUAGAGAAAGACGUGAUAAAAUUUUAGAAGCUGAAGGAAAGAGACCUGGAUUAGAUGAUCCUUUAUAUCGUAGUGAGUCUGUAGUUAAACCUGUUCAGUCACCAGUUCAACAAGAACAAGAAGAGCUAAAAAAUAAGAUUCUUAGUAUUCUUAAUGGCGGGAAUACUGCUACAUCUCCACCGCAACAACCAAAUAGAAGUAAUUUAGGAUAUGGUGAUUAUAGACGUGCUGAACAUACACAGCCACAAGCACCAACUCGUUCUGCCAAUCCGGCUCUUAUAAAUUUUGAUAACCCAACCGUUCAGCAAGCCCUUGAUAAUCUGAUCCAAACCGGGCCAAAUUUAUUGAAGAAUAUUAAUCCAACUUCCAAUAUGUCACAUUCAACUGGUGGUACUAGCAGUAGUGGACGACUGAGUACUGCUUCCCCAUCUUCGCCUGGUUAUGGGGGAAGACCAGCAGUCGGUCAACAGAGUGGUUAUGGAGCUAGAUCUAGUUCCUACCCACAGAGACCUGGAACAGAAACUAGUCCACCUGAAAGUGCUACUGGGUAUGGCAGUGCGGCUAGCAGACAACAUAUGUAUGGUGCAUCUGCUGGUCAGGGAAUCACUCAACCUCCUGGUAUGAGACGAUAUUAAUAUGCUUAAUAAAUUUUCAUUCAUCUGUAAGGCCCCCUCCAAAAUACCUAUGUUUAUGGUUACUUGGCCAUAACAUAUAGGGUCGUAGGAAAAUCUUUUUUCAUUUUUUAUACGCCCACAUUGAAAUGUGGUCGUAUAUUGCCGUCGAUCCCGUCCAUCCUUUCGGCGGUCCAGCCUUUAGAGGCUAAAGUUAAUAUCCGAUUAACUUUAAAUUUAUAUACAGUGUUUAAGGUCAUGAUAUGAAGAAUCCUAUUGAUUUUCCACAAUUUCCAAUAGUUACUCCCAGAGUUAUGGCCCUUGAUCACUUUGGAAAACCUUGUGGACGCUCUAGAGGCUAAAGUUAAUAUCUAAUUGACUUUAAAUUUAUACACAGUGUUUAAGUUCAUGAGACGAAGAAGCCUAUUGGUUUUCCACAAUUUCCGAUAAUUACUGCAGAGUUGUGAACCUUGAUCACUUUGAAUAAUCUUGUGGAUGCUUUAGAGAGCAUAGUUAUCAUCUGAUUGAUUAUAUAUUUAUACACCAUGUUAUGCCAAUAGAUAAUCGUUUUGAUUGACUUUAGAUUCAUACACAGAGUUUUAAGGUCUUGAGACGAACAAGUAUAUUGAUUUUCAAUGAUUUUUGAUAACUUGAACAUGAUAUUAAAUGUUUUGUAUACUAUACGUUAGCAUGGGCCUAACAAAUUCUAAUGAUUUUUUGACAAUUACUUAAUGAGUUGUUACUCUUUAUCAGAUUUGAGUGUAUUAUAAAUGUUUCAUUACCAACUAAAGUAAAAGUAUGUGACAACUCUUGUUGACUGCUGUGGGCGUAUGUUUCGUUGCCUGGCAACCUAUCUUUUUCUGGAGUUUGUGGGCUAAGAAUAAGAUCAGAUAGAACUAAGUUAACUAAUGAAUUAAUCUUUUAAUAAACUACAUUGAUACUUGCAGUAAAUAGCCUUUUGGAUGUCAUUUUAAAUAAAUUAAGGUGUUUAUUUUUUAUUUCCUAGCAUUUUUAGCUUAGUUACUGUGUAAGGUUCUUUAAGAUAAUGCAGAUUCUGACGGUUGUAAAUACCAAAAUUAGAGUUUCUGCAAAAAACACGCCAAGACCGAUUUAUAGGACCUCGGAAAUUAUAAUAGAUAGUUGGACUCUAAAAGUAAUAGGGUCGGUCAGGUAACUGUAAACACAGGUAAUUUCCAUUUUUUGGCCUAAUCACUUCACAUUAUGUGCUAAGUAUCAUGUUAAGUGUUUUUUAUAGAAACAACUUGCAUCUCUAUGAUCAUUUUAACUAUAGAUACGUCAAAGCAUUUGAUGCAGUUUGUUUUUUAAAUUUGUUACAGAGUAAUGUUUAUCAUUCUUCUUUUUAUCCAUUGAAAUAGAUUAUGAAUUUCCCUCUGAAGUCAUCUGUACAUGAAAACCAAUAAUGUGUUGAAUUAAAUUUUAAUUGCAUAAGAACUGUUCAUGUUGUGCUAAUGAUAUAUUAAAAAAAUGAAUAAAUAAAUGUUGUAUGUUCAUUACUAAUUACUGGUUGAGAUUUUAGAUGAGCUAAACUUGCCCAUUGUGGGGCGUUUCUGACUUUAAACAUACAUUAUGCAGGUCUUUCUUUAGGCCUGAAAUGUUAUCUAAAUUAUUAAUUAACUUAUCCAGACCAUAAUCAACUCUCGAUGUCAACGCUAGCCUGCGAUGUUUACUGGAUUAGGAUACCAUUUGCUGCUCCACUUUCAUUCUUGAUUUAAUCAUGAAAUGGAUAACCGAGACUAUGUUUUUUAUCGUACCGACGUUAGUAAUGAUGAUCGAAAAUUCAAUCGCUAAAAUCUUGGUUCAGAGUGGAUCAAUUUGACUGAAAUUUUCAGCAAAUUCCCUUUACAUUAUAUAGUUUUUAACUUUUAUAGUGAGAACUGUCAGCUCUUUAUCUAAUCUCCCAUAAUGUAUCUUUAAAAAGAUUAUAAAAAAUAAUUAUUUAGACAUUUAUUCACAUGGCAAGUCCAUAAUCAACUCUUUAGACCUUUGGAUGACUUAGAUAUUGAGUGGAUUAGUCCAUGCCUGCCAUAUCUGCAUUAAAACGCUAAUAUGUCAGACAAUUUAUGGCUUUUUGUGUCAAAACUUAAAAAUUCAUAAUUUUGGCUUUGAAUAAAGUAAUUUGACUUAAAA